UGCUUUAUGCAACCCUAGAAAGCCAUGCUUUUCUGCUUACAUCGGUACAUGUAUAAAUCUAUGUUGUUUUCAAUAUGAUGAUUUCUUAACCAAAUUGAUCAAGACGAAAGAAAAAGCAUCCGAAGAAGAUCAUGUCUCUAAGCCCACCUGCAGCAGGGGUCAAUGGCACCAAUGCUACCAAUGGUAAUAGUGGUGCAGCCCCGGAGAGGAACUACCAGCUUUACUGGUGCUACCAGUGCCAUCAUUCCGUCCGGAUUGCCUCUACAAAUCCUUCAGAGAUCGUCUGCCCUCGAUGUUUUGGGCAGUUUGUUUGUGAGAUGGAAAUCAACAGGCCAAGGAUGGUUGUUGAUUUCACCGCUUUUGAUCCAUCCCCUGAAGCUCGUCUGUUUGAAGCACUCUCUCUUAUUAUGGAUCCUCCAAUCAGGCUAUUCAAUCGUGAUAAUUCUGAUAACCAAGAACCUCGAGGCUGGCCUUUUUUCAGACGUCGGAACAAUUUACUAGACUUCGAAGCUGAAAGUAGGCUCCGGGAACGUCUUCGUAGGCGUAGAAGCCGUAGUUCUGAUGAAAGUGAUGAUAGAGGACAAGAACCUGAAGCUCUAGGUCUUCCCAGGACUUGGAUUAUUGUUAGACCUGGGGGUCCUUUUGGUCCAGGCACAGCCGAACCAACUUUGCCGGAAGAAAACCGUGCACGCCCUGGUCUUGAUCCAAGAAACUUCUUCUUCGGACCAGGACUACAUGAGUUGAUUGAACAACUAACACAAAAUGACAGGCCAGGAGUACCCCCAGCUCCAGGGUCAACAAUCGAUGCAGUCCCAACUGUGAAGAUCAUGGAAACGCAUUUAAGCAUCGACUCGCAAUGUCCAGUUUGUAAAGAGGAAUUCAAGAUCGGUGGAGAGGCAAGGGAGUUGCCUUGUAACCAUAUAUACCACAGUGAUUGCAUUGUGCCUUGGUUAAGGCUUCACAAUUCUUGUCCUGUUUGCCGCCAAGAGUUGCCAGUUAGCAGUAAUGAACAAAGUAGCAGUGAGUCUUCCUCUGAACCCGAGGUUACUUCCAACAAUGGCAGAAGAUGUUGGAGGCUUAGGCAACUGGCUAGUAAUUUGUGGCCUUUGCGUCGAAGGAAUCGGAGAAUUAAUCCAGAGACGGACAGAAUUGGUGCAUCUCCAGGUAAUGAAAAUUGAUUCAGUGG